AUGACUUCAGCUUGCAUGUGUAGAUUCUCUUGACUGGAAGAGUCUUGCUGUUAGAUUUGGGGCUGGGGGAUGUGGACAUCAGGGGGUUUCUUGGUUGCCUAGCCGAACACGGGGAUAGCUGAGUCCUUCCAGGCCAUGGAGGAGGGGAGUGGUCUUUCGCCUCGAAGAUGACGCUUCCAAUGAAGAGUGUGAAGGAAGGACUGCUAUUGAAGCAGACCAGCUCUUUCCAGAGGUGGAAGAGGAGAUACUUCAAGCUACGGGGGAGGACUCUCUACUACGCCAAAGAUUCGAAGUCCCUGAUCUUUGAUGAGGUGGAUCUCUCUGAUGCCAGUGUGGCAGAGACCAGCACCAAGAACAUUAACAACAGCUUUACGGUGAUCACCCCUUUCCGAAAACUCAUCCUAUGUGCCGAGAACCGGAAGGAGAUGGAAGACUGGAUUAGUGCCCUCAAAUCCGUCCAGAAGUGGGAAAUUAAUGAGGCGACCCAGUUCAACAUGGAGCACUUCUCCGGGAUGCACAACUGGUAUGCGUGCUCACACGCCCGACCCACCUUCUGCAAUGUCUGCCGGGAAGCUCUCUCCGGUGUCACCUCUCACGGUCUCUCCUGUGAAGUGUGCAAAUUCAAGGCCCAUAAGCGUUGUGCUGUGCGGGCCACCAACAACUGCAAGUGGACUACACUGGCCUCCAUAGGAAAUGACAUCGUUGAGGAUGAAGAUGGGGUGGCUAUGCCCCAUCAGUGGCUGGAGGGGAACCUGCCAGUCAGCGCCCGGUGUGCAGUGUGUGACCGCACGUGUGGCAGCGUCCGCAGGCUUCAAGACUGGCGGUGCCUCUGGUGCAAGGCAAUAGUUCAUGGCGUCUGCAAGGAGCAGUUGGGGAAGAAAUGUCCGCUGGGGCAGUAUAAAGUGUCCAUCAUUCCUCCGACGGCCCUGAACAGCAUUGAUUCAGAUGGGUUUUGGAAAGCCACGUGCCCGUCCUCGUGCUCCAGCCCGCUUCUCGCCUUUGUCAAUUCCAAGAGUGGAGACAACCAAGGAGUCAAAUUCCUCCGCAAGUUCAAACAGUUCCUCAACCCGGCACAAGUCUUCGACCUGAUGAAUGGGGGGCCUCACCUUGGGCUCCGGCUGUUCCAGAAGUUCUCCACGUUCCGGAUCCUCGUCUGCGGUGGAGACGGCAGCGUGGGCUGGGUUUUAUCUGAAAUUGAUAACCUGGGGCUCCACAAACAGUGUCAACUGGGGGUCCUGCCCCUGGGCACCGGCAAUGACCUGGCCAGGGUCCUGGGCUGGGGGAGCCUCUGUGAUGACGAUGCCCAGCUCCUGCAGAUCCUCGAGAAGUUGGAACGGGCCACCACCAAAAUGCUGGACAGGUGGAGUGUGAUGACCUAUGAGUCACCGAAACAAUCGCCCCCACCCAUCAAAGAGGAGGAGAAUGGAGAUUCCAACCCACAGCGAAACGAAGAGAAGAAACAGUUGGGGAGUGUGGAGGACCUGACCAAGGUCUCUGUGGAGAAGAAACAGGUCCAGAUGUCUCACUACGCCGACUCAGUGGCCUUCCACCUGGCCAAGAUCCUGGAGUCAGAUAAGCACUCGGUGGUGAUCGCUUCGGCCAGGUUUCUUUGCGGGACGGUGAACGACUUCGUGGCAGAAGUCGGCAAAGCCUACGAAAGGGCCACGGAGAACAAGCAGGAGGCCGAGGCGAUGGCCAGGAAAUGCGCGAUGCUGAACGAGAAGCUCGAUUCGCUGGUGCGAGAGCUGAACGAGGAGGCCCAGGCGACUGUGGUCCCCGAGGGGAGCUCACAGGCCUCUCUGAGCAGCCCCGAGGCCACUGAGAGCAACAGAGAGUGUGGCGUCAACCCCAGCCCCGGGCCCCGGAUCUUCAAAUCCAAGGAGCAGCUGAUGCUGAGAGCUAACAGCCUCAAGAAGGCCUUGAGACAGAUCAUCGAACAAGCAGAGAAAGCUAUUGAUGAACAAAACAAGCAGACGCAAGCAUAUCAGAACACACCCUCCUCCUCACUCAAGAAGGAGAGCUCAGAAGAUUUCAACAAGGAAUCUGAAAGACUCAAUUCCCGCCGGGGCACGGUGUCUUCUACCACGUCGUCGAUCUUUCUGGACCGACCGGAUGGCUUCAGUUCGGUCCACUUUACCGAAGAUCCCAACACUAUACAAUUCUCAGAAAGAUGCGUCAUGAACAACUAUUUUGGCAUCGGCCUAGAUGCUAAGAUCUCUCUCGAGUUUAACAACAAAAGGGACGAGCACCCCAAAAAAUGCAGCAGUCGCACCAAGAACAUGAUGUGGUACGGCGUCCUGGGCACCAAGGAGCUCCUUCAAAGAACCUACAAGAACUUGGAGCAGCGCGUGCAGCUGGAGUGUGACGGGGUGACCAUUUCCUUGCCCAGUUUGCAGGGCAUUGCCGUGCUCAACAUUCCCAGUUACGCUGGGGGCAUCAACUUCUGGGGAGGCACCAAGGAGGACAGUAACUUCGGGGCCCCUUCCUUCGACGACAAGAAGCUGGAGGUGGUGGCUGUGUUCGGCAGUAUCCAGAUGGCAGUGUCCCGCGUCAUCAAUCUGCAGCACCACCGCAUCGCCCAGUGCCGUGUGGUGAAGAUCACGAUCCGCGGGGAUGAGGGGGUCCCGGUACAGGUGGAUGGCGAGGCCUGGAUCCAGCCCCCAGGCAUCAUCAAGAUCCAGCAUAAAAACCGGGCCCAGAUGCUGACCAGAGACCGGGCCUUCGAGAGCACCCUGAAAUCCUGGGAGGACAAGCAGAGGUGCGAGGGUUAUCGGGCACCCCCGCGGCCCCGCCUCAACUCGCAGCAAUCCAUGGAGUACCUGACGGACGAGGAGUAUGGCCAGAUGCAGCAGCUCGCCCAAGCAGCCGAGACCCUCAUCAGCAGGAUCCACGAGGCGGCCAAGACCCACAAAGCCAUCGAGCAGGAGUUGGCCCACUCGGUGAACGGCAGCUCUCUGGCCUUGAGCGAAGCCCUCUCGAACAAGUGCAGCGGCACCCCUGAGUUUCUAAGCAGAAAUGCAGCAGUGGAUGUAUCAGUUAGUGUGAAAGCCCUGUACACUGAAACCAGAGCUUUCCUGGAAGGAAAAUUGCAGCUGGACGCCCCCCAGCAAGAGGAAUUGCAGAGCGCCCUGAACAAUGUCAGCCAGGAGCUCCAGAAGCUGUCAGAAAUUCACUGGAUGGCACCAAUCAUCAACUCCGCAGAAGAGGAAAGCUCUGGAAAUCCCAAGGGCAGCCUCAAGUUACGAAUCAACAUCCCCAAAGCGAAGAAGGACAAGGACAAAAUUCAAAAGUCGAAGUCAAACAGCUCUGGGCCGGUGGACAAAUGGGGCACUGAGGAGGUGGCUUCUUGGCUGGACACGCUUGGUUUAGGGGAAUACAAAGACAUUUUUAUCCGCCAUGACAUCCAGGGCUCAGAGUUGAUCCUGCUGGAGAGAAGAGACUUGAAGGAUCUGGGGAUAACAAAAGUGGGCCACAUGAAGAGGAUUCUCCAGGGAAUUAGGGACAUGAGCUACAACUUGUAAAGAGCCGGCAGGAGCUCCCUCACAGACAGAAACGUUGAAGAAUUCCCAACCAGGCUUCCCGGGACCCAGAAGCUUUGGAGCAAUCUCGAAUUCUUUAUAGAGAGUGACCCCAGUGGUGGUUUCAGAAAUCCAGAAGUAGGCCCUGGCUCAUAAACCAAUAAUUCUAGAACUAAUAAGAACCACCAUCACCCCUCACAGAAAUGGUCCCGGGUUGUGGUAGUGCAAAAUCCUUGAACAUUUCUCCUGGACUUUAGCACGGUGUCCCCAUAGAGGUUUACAUUUCCACGUUGGCCAAAGAGUUUUGUUUGGAGGUGUCGGCCCCGGCGCUCCUUUUCCCUUGGUGUCAUUCGAGAAGCCGGAGUGAAGCCAACCGAUUUCAAAGACAGGAUCCAUAAGCGGGGUUUCUGGAGCUGGGUGGGGUUCGCUUGGCUGACUGGGAGAUGGGUCUGUGGAGGAGAGGGAGCUCAGCCUAUCUGCUCACCUGGAAUUCAGGUGACUUCCCAAAGUUUAACUUGGGAUUCUGCGAUGUUAUCGUCCUUUUUGUUUAAUGGUGAGAGAGAGAGCCUCAGACCACAGCUAAAGAGAACCAGGUACUAGAGGCUUGUCUGCUUCCCUGAUUAUGUGACAUCAUGCAUGUUGAGAACUGCCUUUCUCUUGGACACUGCAAAGUCCCUGUAAAUCGCUGAUGCUACCUGUGUGUGUGUGUGUUUGUGUGCAGGUGCGUGAGUGUGCUCAGAUGUGUGUAUGUGUGCGUAUACGCUCAUAUUGGUGAGCUAGCUGGGGGCUAGUGACUGAUUUUUGAUCCCAAUUCCUGCCCCGUGGGACUCCCUUGCUCCCUUACUGUUGGCUUGAUGGUGUCUUCUGAAACUGAAAUCAUAAACCUACACUGCUUAAUCCUAACCUGCAUGCCAUACUGCAGUGCUUUGCAUUAUUCCUUUAGAGUGUUCAUUUUUGGUGGGAGCCAAAAGCUCCUCCCUGUUCAGCUGUAUAGAUUAUACAUAUAUAUAUAUAUAUGACAUAUAUAUAUAAAUAGAUGUACAUAUAUUUUUUUAAGAACUGAAAAUACAACUCAGCUUCUAAGGCUCAUAAGAGUUACUUUGUAACUUGCCGUGCUACCCAGGAUAAAACACCUUUACCCCUGUCUUCCCACCCCUUCCACUUCUUUCCCCAACGUCAGGGGUGCUAGGUAGAUUGCCGAUUGUUCAGUACCGUGGUGAAGCCUCUUAAAUCGAGGCGGCUCGUAGCUUCUUCUGCUGCCCCACCAGGAUUCUGAUAAGGGUCGAGCCCCUGGUGGGCCAGUGACUGUGUCUGCCUUGAUUAAUCUUGUGUCUACCCCAGCACUUAGUAUAGUGCUUUGCACAGAGUAAGCGCUUAACAAAUGCCAGUUAUUAACUUCUGGCACUCCACUCCUCUGAUGCCCGUGACUAGAGGUGGGGUCUGUGGGCAGCCCCCAUCCAGCGGGGGAUUGAGUUCCUUGUUUCUGGUCUGUGCCAAGGAUUUGGCGUCCCCUCCCCCUUUUCCCACCACCCCAAUCUCUGAGGAGAGGGACCUCGAGAAGUGGGAGUCAGAUGCGGGAAUUUGACCAUCAGUUCUGUGGCCCUCCAGAGAGCUAGAGGUGCUGGAGAAUCAUCCCAUGAACUGAAGCCAUCCUCUGCCUGGGCGUGUUCUGGUUUACCAGCUGACUCUUGACCUGUUCCCCAUUAUCGGCUUGAACGGGGUCGACCAGGCCUCCUGGGAAGCAGAUGGGCUUCCAAUUCUGAGGGUUUGUGGUCCGGUUCGAUACUUUGAGGCCGGAGACAGAUAAGCCAGGAAGCAGCAUUCACUCGUGGCUCUCUGCUUCCUCCCAGAGUUCUUUAGAAAGCAAAUGAGAUCCAGAGAUGAGAGGCUGGCAGGUGGAAACCAGCUGGCUUGGAAGACCAUCUGAACUGAUUAUCUACCUUAUAUUCCCCUCUGCCCCCAACCCAGUGCUUAUUACAGUGCUUGGCACCUAGUAAGAGCUUAACAAAUACCACCAUUAUAAGAGUAAGCCUUGAGGAUAUCCUCAGGCACAGGCUCUCUCCCACUUUUCCCCUUCCGCCUUCUCUCAUCCGAUAUGGCCCAGUCUGGAAGCCAGAAACCUGCCCUCUCAAUCAGUCAUUAUUGAUCGAGCGCUUACUGUGUGCAGAGCACUGAACUAAGCUCUUGGGAGGUGGCAAUAUCACUAGCACAUCCUCUGGAGGCCAAAGCUGACUCACUGAAGCCGGCAGGAGGGGAUUCCCGGAAGCCGGAGGGCUAAUCGAGGCUCAGUACCCCUUGGCCCAGCCCAUCUCCCCCUCCCUAGCCUGCCUCUCUUCCAAUUGGGAAGUCUGGGGGAAAGCGAGAGCGGCUGACUAACUCUUGGAGUUUCUCAGACACCUCCCUAAUUGGGGUGCCAAAAUAUCAGCCAGGUUCUAGCCAUCGGUCCAAAUGGGAAAGUAUUGUAAAUAGACGAAAUGUAGAAAAUACCUUUGAUGUUUAAUAAGCGUCUAUAAGAUGCUUGUCUUUUCAGGCGGCGAUCCUUUGUUCUGCAUCCCAUUUCUCCCUGCACCCCUUUGUCAUCUCCCAGGAUGAGGCUCAGACCUUAAUCACUGGUCCCCUCUCUGAGAGCCCCAUUCCCCCAAGAUUACAAACUGGUCCUUUUUUUUAACCAGUCAUCAGUAGCCAAGUGGACUGUGUAGUUGCUCAUGCAUGCCAACAUGCAUACACACACACACACACACAUACACACUCCAGUCUCCCCUCCCCAUCUCCCACUCACACCUCUCU